UCUGGGAUUUCUAUUGGAGAAGCAGUUUCUGCCUAUCUUCAUACUGUAGCCCUACUGUAUUUGACUUUUGUGCCUGUUGUUCACAAGCUUAUCUGCCCUCUCGUUGACUAGAAUGGUCCCAUCUGAUUUCGCCUCCUCCCACCUGCCUUCCAUCUUUGAGGACAUGUAUUUCAAUUGUUAAAGCGGUCACUCGACUAUCUUAUCAAUAUAAUAGAACAUCUUUGCUGUGGCACAGGCGCUGUCAGGUGCAAAGCCGCUAACGACACCGCGGCAGCUCGGUUAAAAAUACAGAAUGUGCCAGGAACAAAGAACAAGAGCGGCUCUCUGAUUCUCUCCGAGGAGAGAGAGUGAUCAGCCAUGGCCAGCUGUCGGAGAGGGAGCCCGCGGAGCCGGGCAGGACAGGCAAGUGGCAGUCUGAGAGCAGCGAGGAAGCCCGGGCAGAGAGAUCCUUCCAGCGAGUUAGGGGAUGCUGGCGAAUCAAUGACAGAGCUACCACAAUGGUUGCGGCUUUAUUUCUAUGGGAUGCACGGUAUCACUUUGGAUAUCCUCCUGUCGUCGGCACAGGGGCUUUUGGCUGACAGGGACCCCAAACUGUUCGGCUUUUCCUCCCCGUACCUCUGCAUCAUGCACUCGGUGACCCAUUUCUUGCUGGAAAAAAUAUAUUCGCAAAAGAAGUGCUUUCAAGGACGCACAGUAGUUUUUCACCUUGUUUUCUAUCCCUCUGUGUACAUUGGGUUGCAGAUCCUGAUUGGGAAUAUAAACACGCUGACCGAGCACGUUAGAAUAGUCUCUGCCACUCAUCUCGUCGUUCACUACCUACUGGCACUGUACUUCACCCAAGUUUUCCACAAGGGGCUUGAGCGGCUGCGCUACCACUGCCCCGGGAAACUGACCAUGUCUACACCGGAAAAGCGCACACUGGAGCCGCUGCCUAAUAAUGGUCUGCCCGAUGUUGUGCGAUUCCUCUUCUUUGGAAUGCACGGUUUUUUGGACGAGAUCUUUUUUACCUCGAUAUUCAACCUUGUGGAGAAAUCGGACCGAACCAUGAGCGGCCACACGUCCCUGUGGUCCUUCCUGAUGUAUGGAAGCUGCAGCUUCGUGGUAGAGAAACUCUACCUGCAUUUGCACUUUAGACGGGGCUGGAGCACCUGGAGGCGGCUCCCCAUCUAUAUCUGCUUCAUCUACACCUGGGAGUUCUGUUGGGGGCUGGCGCUGCGGCAGUACGACGCAUGCUCAUGGGACUAUUCCCACUAUCCAUUCAACUUCAUGGGCCUGAUCACGCUCCUCUACCUGCCCGGAUGGGUCUGCAUCAGUCUCUACCAGGAUAUUCUGUCCAACGUUCUGCUGCGCGUGGUGGUGUGUGCCAAAGACGAGGAGUGAAGGCACCCAGGGCAGGGCGCUGGCAUCAACGUCUGCCAUGUGUCCAGGGGAAAAAACGGUAUUAUAGGCCUAGGUCACAUUUGAUUUAGGGACUGUUGAUACCAAUACAAAGAAAGAAGAGGACAUUUAAGACCAUCAAUGUUGUACCCGGACUUAAAUAAUGUGUAUUUCCCUUGUGGAAAUGUGGAAUUGAUGUGGCUGUUUAGACAGCAUCUUUUAUCAGUGAUUCUAACAAAUAGCCUAUCAAUUUGUGACAGGUAGCCUAAAAGCACAGACAUGCCUUGCCUGGCAUGUGAUGACACACAGACAUGCCUUGCCUGGCAUGUGAUGACACACAGACAUGCCUUGCCUGGCAUGUGAUGACACACAGACAUGCCUUGCCUGGCAUGUGAUGACACACAGACAUGCCUUCUGCUGUGAUGACAACUGACAUUUAGAACUUUGAUGUAGAUGAAACAAUAAUAUUUAACAUUUUACACUUCACUUGCUUGCUCAUUUUAGAGCUGUGAAUUAUUUCCUAAACUAUAUUGACAAAGUCAGCCAUAUGCAUGGUGGCACCAUCUGACUAGGUUGGUCUCUUCAAUCCCAGAGCAUAUGCUUUGAACUCAUUUUCUGCAUGGCUGCAUUCAUGAUCACUUAAUUGCUUAAAUCGUAUUACCUUAAAACAAUGCAUGACAUUUGGAAAUAAAAUAGCUUCUAAAAAAGUUCAAAAUGUAUGUAGCGUGAGAUGUAAUCGAACCGAAUAGAACAGGUGGUGGACCGAAUUCAUUUCACUGUGAAUCUUUUUCUGAACCAAACCUUAACCUUACUGUGUUGGAGUGCCUUUCCGAGCAAACCUACAGACAGCUGGACUAAAGACAAACUGAACUACACUGUGGGCCAGUUUCCCCCUAGUCCUGGCCGAACUCAAAAUGAAGCUCAAUGGGGAAUUGAUAGUGCUUUAGGGUCUACAACUAUAGGCUUAACCUGGGUCAUGUGAACAGGCAAUGUGUGCCAAUCAGACAGACCCUGAUGAUCAGAUUUAUAUUUCUCCCUUCUUUACAAAGGGGCAUCCCAGCCCCAGGCUUGUUUACCUAACAUUAAUAAAGCAGCGGAGCACGAGUCAGCUUUUUAUGUUUUACACUCUAUAGGUUGAUCUGGAGUGGCCAAUAUCGGGAGUCAGCAGACCUGGGUUCAAAUACUACUUGAAAUCUUUCAGGCACUUUCACUGUUUGUUUUAACCUGCCUGGAGUGCGAGAUGGACGGGUUUUGGGGUUUGAAUUCUUGCGGCGAUUCUAUUGGUUCCACGCCAGGAAAGCUCAAUCAAGCCUAGAUAAAGUAUUUGAAAUGAUUUCAGAAUAGUAUUUGAAUCCAGGUCUGGGAUCAACCACCAUGCAUAGAGCUCUUUGGCAUAUAUCUUUCUGCCUGUUUUAUUUCCUCGUUUGCCAUUGUCCCAAACGGUCAAGUCUCAUGUUCUCUCUGAGGGGCCAAACACAUACAGUAUGUGUGGAUACCUGGCACUGUGACUUCAUUAGCAACCUGUUCCAACCUUAUACUCUUUGGAAAGUACGUUUUGAAACUUAUCGUUUUUGCUCUUUUUACCGAUUGUUAUGAUUCUCUAGCGUGUUUCGGAUGCAUUUUACCGCCUGCCUUCAUCAGUCCUGGGGAUCCCGUGAAACGAAGGUUGGAGGUAACUGAAAGCUGGUAAUAUUGAUGAGUAAUACUAGUGCAGGGGGAAAUAUCUUAUAACAUAAUGUCAGUCAAAUAUUACAACUUUUACACAUGUUGAUUUUUGUCCGAUUGUUAUGAAUAUGGACUAAAUGGUUCGUGCCGUGGGAGUUUCCCUGUCCUGCGCGAACAAACAAUUACCUUCCAGUCGUCCUGGAGACUCACACUGGACAGACUUAAAUGACACAAUUAUUUUCCUUUUGGUUUUGUCGUUUCAAAAUGGUGGGCUUUUGUUGUGAGCGAUGCAAAAGAAGGAUACACAUGGUGAAUAGGACCAGGAGUUUCUUUUCCUGGUUAUGUGGUCGGGGAGGAUCUCCUGUCCCUGGUCCUAAGUUGUUAUCUUAACUAUAUGAUAAGGUUUCUUUUCAAAUGUGAGGUUUGGAAAUCGUUGAUCAACUGUAUUUAAUAAUACACUACAAUCAUGUACUACAUGGCUCACAAUGAGGAAGUAAAACCAUGUUUAUUUUAGGUUAUAAAUGAAGAGAGCCCGAAAGUAUUCUUGCUAUAGUAUGCCCAUGGUGGAAUUGAAUUGAAUCAAUCACUGGAUGGAAAUAGUGUAGCCUGUAUACUGUACAUUACUUCAAUCUUAAAUAAUUCCAUGUUGAACCGACAAGGUUGGCCCAGUUCAUGUUCAUGUUGUCUUGAUUGACGUUGUGCUCUCACUAAAUUGUUUGUAUUUA